GUUGCUCCACAAAUCCUGGUCAAGCCGGAAUGGCGGAACACCCCGCGAGUGAUCGUUAAUCAGGACGCAACUCCUGUGGUGGCGAUCGCUGCAGAAGCACGACACAGUGAAAUCACCGGCCAGUUGAGCGUGGAGCAUCAGGGCGAAGCAAAGUUCAACGACACUGAGUAUGCGAAGCAUAAUGCCUCGAUUGAAGCUAGCAUUCAUGCCAGCAAUGCUAUGAGGGCUACUGAAGAGAUCAACGCUCAGUGUGAUAUCAUUCGCGAAGUGGAAACUUCUGCCCGAAGAGCUGAUGAAGCGAGGUCGCGUGAGGUGGCCAGCUGA